CCCAGCCACAGCCACAGGCGCCUGCCUCGCCUCACCUCGCUCCGUCCCCGAUAGAUCGAUCGAUCGAAGCCGACGAAGCAGCGGGAAAAACUAGCCAGCACCAUCCCCCCUCUCGUCAACCGUUUGCCGCGCUCCGAUUUGAACCGCCCCCACCCGAGCAGCGGAGGGCGGAGGCCGCCUCGCCGCCUCGCGGCCGCGGGAACCCUAGCCGAUGGCGGCCUCCGUAGAGGCGGCGGCGGCCCCGGCCCCGCCCCCGCCGGCCGUGGGCGGCGCCGAGGAGGCCGGGGGCGGGGGUGCGUCGGAGCAGGCCAGGGCGCUCAUCGGCGCGCUCAACCUGCUGUCGCGCAACCUCCCGCUGCCGCCCGCCGUCCUGCACGCCGUCUCGUCCAUCUACCACGGCGGGGGCGGGGGCGGGGGCGGGGACGCGUGGGAAGGGGAGGAGGAGGAGGUGGCGGCGGCGGUGGAGGCUGGGGAUGGGUGCGGGGAGAGCGGAGAGGGGGAUGCGGAGGACUGCGCGGAUGCCGGCGGUGCGGAUGAGGGACUCACCUUGAUUGGAGAGCUUGAAGAUGCUGUAUUGACAAAUCAAAGACCAUACAUGUCAUACUCAGAGUUGACUGCUUUAAAAGAAGGGCGCUUCAACACAUCCAUUCAGCAUAGGCUUGCUGAACUUGAAGGAUUGCCGUCUACUAGGGGUGAAGAUCUGCAAAUGAAGUGUUUGCUUGAAUUGUAUGGGCUUAAGUUAUUAGACUUGCAGAAGAAAGUUAGGUCUGAUAUCGCUGCAGAAUACUGGUUACACAAAAAAUGUGCACACCCUGAUAGGCAAUUGUUUGACUGGGGCAUGAUGCGGAUACGGUAUCCUUUUACUAUGUAUGGGAUUGGAGAUAGUUUUUCAAUGGAUGCUGAUGAUAUCCACCGCAAGAAGAGAUUCACAGAGAGGAUCUCAAGACUUGAAGAGGAGGAGAAGAACCAGGCAGAGAUCAGGAAGAGGAAAUUUUUUUCAGAAAUUCUUAAUGCUGCUAGGGAAUAUCAGGUGCAAGUACCAGCUUCUUACAAAAGGAAAAAGCAGCGGAAUGAUGGAGUUCUGGCUUGGCAUCUUCGUGCACGUCAACGUAUAAAUCGCAUGGAAAAGAGUAGAUUACAAGUUUUGAAAGCUGGUGAUCAAGAAGCUUAUUUGCGUAUGGUUGAGGAGAGCAAGAAUGAGCGCUUGAAAAUGCUCCUUGACAAAACAAACGAGCUUCUUGAAGGAAUAGGGAAAGCUGUGCAGAGACAAAAAGAUGCUGAGCAUGUUAGUCGCCCUGAAGGAUCUGAAGUGCCAAAAGGGUCAGAAUCUGAUGAUUGUUCUCAGGUAUCAGGCCUCAAGAUUGAAUCCCCUGAGGAGGAAUCCCCAUCAGAUGUUGAUGCAGAUCACAAUGGUUCUGCUGAUCAUAGUAAAUUUAAUGCUGGCCAUAGGCUUGAUUCUACUGUCCAUUCCAUUGAAGAGAAGGUAACGGAACAGCCAGCAGCUCUUGAAGGCGGGGAGUUAAGACCAUAUCAAUUAGAGGGCUUGCAAUGGAUGCUUUCUUUAUUCAACAAUAAUUUGAAUGGUAUUCUGGCUGAUGAAAUGGGUUUAGGGAAAACAAUUCAGACGAUAGCUUUGAUCGCCUAUCUAUUGGAGAAGAAGGAGGUUACAGGACCACACUUAAUAAUAGCCCCAAAAGCUGUAUUGCCAAAUUGGUCUAAUGAAUUCAAAACUUGGGCUCCCAGCAUUGGGACGAUUCUGUAUGAUGGUCGUCCAGAUGAUAGGAAGGCUCUGAGGGAAAAGAACUUUGGAGAACGGCAGUUUAAUGUUUUGCUCACACACUAUGACCUGAUACUGAAAGAUCUGAAGUUCUUGAAGAAGGUUCACUGGCAUUAUCUGAUAGUUGAUGAAGGACAUCGUCUGAAAAACCAUGAAUGCGCGCUUGCUCGCACACUAGUUUCCAGAUAUCAAAUCCGUCGUCGAUUACUUUUGACUGGCACUCCGAUUCAAAACAGCCUGCAAGAGCUGUGGUCUUUGCUUAACUUUAUUCUUCCCAACAUAUUUAAUUCAUCGCAGAAUUUUGAGGAAUGGUUCAAUGCACCAUUUGCAUGUGAAGUUAGCCUUAAUGAUGAGGAACAGCUGCUCAUUAUACAUCGUUUGCAUCAAGUUCUGCGUCCAUUUUUGCUGAGGAGGAAGAAAGAUGAAGUGGAAAAAUAUCUUCCUGUGAAAACACAAGUAAUACUCAAGUGUGACAUGUCUGCUUGGCAAAAAGCAUAUUAUGAACAAGUCACGAGCAAUGGAAGGGUUAGUCUAGGAUCUGGUCUCAAAUCAAAGGCUCUGCAGAACCUAUCAAUGCAACUUAGAAAAUGCUGCAACCAUCCCUAUCUGUUUGUUGAGCAUUAUAACAUGUAUCAGCGGGAGGAAAUUGUUAGAGCAUCAGGGAAGUUUGAACUGCUUGAUCGGUUACUUCCAAAAUUGCGGAGAGCUGGCCACAGGGUUCUGCUUUUCUCUCAGAUGACAAAACUGCUUGAUAUCUUAGAAGUAUAUUUGCAAAUGUACCAAUUCAAGUACAUGAGGCUUGAUGGAUCUACAAAGACUGAAGAGCGAGGGAGACUAUUGGCAGACUUCAAUAAGAAGGAUUCGGAAUAUUUCUUGUUUCUUCUCAGCACCCGAGCUGGAGGCCUAGGUUUGAACUUGCAGACUGCGGACACUGUUAUUAUUUUUGACAGUGAUUGGAACCCUCAAAUGGAUCAGCAGGCUGAAGACCGUGCCCACCGUAUAGGACAGAAGAAUGAAGUGCGUGUAUUUGUUCUUGUUAGUGUUGGCUCAAUUGAAGAAGAGAUUUUGGACCGUGCAAAACAGAAGAUGGGUAUUGAUGCAAAAGUUAUCCAGGCUGGGUUGUUCAACACAACCUCCACAGCUCAGGAUAGGCGAGCAAUGCUACAGGAGAUCCUGAGGAGAGGAACAAGCACACUGGGAACUGAUAUCCCUAGUGAGCGUGAAAUAAAUCGUUUAGCCGCUCGCAAUGAUGACGAAUUUUGGUUGUUUGAGAAAAUGGAUGAAGAAAGGCGGCAAAGAGAAAACUACAAACCCAGACUCAUGGAGGGAGUUGAGGUUCCGGACUGGGUGUUUGCCACAAACGAACCCUUUGAGAAGACACCUGCAGAUGAACCCCAGAAUGUUCUAUUAACUACCAAGAGACGCAGGAAAGAGGUUGUCUACUCAGACUCUUUUGCUGAUCAGUGGAUGAAAGCAGACGACGGAGUGGAAGACAUCCGAAAGACGACUCCAAGAGCAAAGCGGAGCGCCUACUCGUCUGAUGUACAAGAAGUUGAUUUCAAUGAGAGGAGGAAAAGACACAGAACUCUAGAGAACAUUGCAGAUGAUGCAAGCAUUCCAAUGUGGACACCAGAGAAAGUAAGGGCUGGUGUUUCUUCAUACAGCAAGGAUGAGAAUGAAGACGAUGCCGAAGAUGAAUCCACCACUAGUGGUUUGCAGCAGGGUGGCAGUUUCACAUGGAAGACCCUGAGAAGGAAAAGGUCAAGCCACUUCUCCAAUUCCUCGUCAGAUUCGAGAGGGCGCUCGGCAUUCUAAAUUGGAAUCCAGUCCACAGAUUCUCACUGAUGAGCUCGAACCCUCCUUUGAGAAAAGUGCUCCUGAUAGAAAUUAACAGGGGUUAAAUUUAGGAGUACAUUUUAGCUUACCAACUUUAGGAUUAGUGGUAUUGUAUUGUUUUUUGUUGGUACUAAAUUGUGUCCACCAGAACCGAAACAUAGUUUUAUAUCUAGUGACUUUCUGCAAAGUAGAUAUACUGUUUAUCAUGGUGUGAUACAUCCAAUGGCUAUCUGGUAUGAAGAAUUUACUGUUGGCCAUGGUUUGGUAGUGUUUAUUGGCAAUCUAUUGGGCUGACGGUGUUAAUCUAGCGCUAGGUGUUUCUUCAAUGGAUCAUAUUCAUAUUGUGUUUGACGCCCGCGAUCAAUUAUGCUUACGAUGAAACCAGAAAAAAAA